CUGUCUAGUUUGCGGCGCAGCGGCGUCCUCUGUGAUCCGGAAACGGGACCCUCUCUAGGAGCGUGGGCUUCCGGCGCGCUCGCUCGCCUCUCUUCCCAAGGCGGCAUGGCGCUGCCUUUCGACUUCGAGGAGUCGGUCUUCGAGGGGCGCUGCCGGGAGGGGAAGGGACGAGGCUCCGCCUCUCCUUCCCUCGGCUACAGCCCCCGGUGCUGUGAGCCCGAGGUGAGAGAGAGAGCAAAGGCUGGGCGUGGGAUGGGAGGAGGCCCCAUAGAAUCCUGGGAAGUGUAGUUUUUAACCCCUCCCCCACAGAGAUACAUUUCCCAGGAUUCAUUGGGGGAAGCUGUAAAUGGGCUUUAAAUGGGUGUUGGUCGAACCACGCAGCUCCCAGGGCAGGUUCUGUCCAUGCUUCUGCCUUCCCUGACCUGGUGUCCACCAGCUGCUUUGGACUGAAACUCCCAACAGACUGAAGCUGGUUGGAAUUGUCAUCCAAAACAUCUGGAGAUUGCAGCCUUUGUUCUGGCAAAAUGUGGGGCAAGGCGGUUGGGGGGUGGUUUUCCCCCCAUUUGGUGUUUUUCAAAUUUUAUUUUAUUAUUAAUAUUACAUUAUUAUUAUUAUUAUUAUUGCUAUUAUUAUUAUUAUUGUUAUUAUUAUUGCUAUUAUUAUUAUUAUUAUUAUUGCUAUUAUUAUUAUUAUUAUUAUUAUUAUUGCUAUUAUUAUUAUUGUUAUUAUUAUUGAAAUUUUAUUAUUAUCAUUAUUGUAAAUAUUAUUACUAUGCUACCCAUCUGACUGGUUGCCCCAGCCACUCUGGGCGGCUCCCAACAAAAUAUUAAAAACAAAGGGACUUCAAAGCAAUCCAUUACAACUUAUUGCAGCCUAACAGGAUGUCCCCUCUGGAAUUUGUCACAUGCACACACAAAUUUGUAAACCUGCCUGUGGCUACCCAGAGCUUAAGUAUGUGAUCUUUCACACAUCCUUUCAAACAUAUGCAUGUGGAAAGGAUCCCAAACUUUUUUUGGGGGGGGGGGGUAGGAAGAGCGAGAGAGAGAAUGAGAGAGAAAAAGACGACCUGAAAUACAGGACAAAACUGUAUCAAUACAGGACAUAGCAUUUUACAUUGAAAUACUGGACAAUGCUGUAUUAUACAGGACAGGUGGCAAUCCUAUCUGGAGAGGACCAGGUUGGGGAAGGCUGAUUUAUGAGGUAGAGGGGAACUCAGUAUCACAAAAUUGUAAAGGGACCCCCAAGAGUUAUCUAGUCCAACCCCCUGCAAUGCAGGAAUUGUAGCCAAAGAAUUCCCAAGAGAUGACUCUGUUUAAAAAUGAAGGAGAGUCUAACAGUCCAUCAAACGGCUCUUACCUUCAGAAAGUUCUUGCAAAACGUUCGACUCUUCCUAAUUGUUUAAAGAGCCUUGUAUGCCUGUUGUGGGGGGCGGGGGAGUAAAAUCAGAGUCUUGUAAUUCUUUGCAGCAGGAAUGGUGGAACCUGUGGCUCACCAGAUUAUUGCUGGCUGGAGUUGAUGGGAAUGAAGACCACAGUCUCCCAAUCCCCACUUUGAAAAUGUAGGCAGUUUAUUCUUUUGGCAUGAGUUUUCAUAACUAAGAGCCUGCUUUGUCAGUCUGAUGGAUGGGUGUAUCCAGCAUGCAAGAAUCAAUUGAUAUUUAUGGAAUCGAUUGGUAACCCAAGCAACACAACUGAUUUUCUCCCCUUUUCCUCCCUCAGUGGUUUUGUGAGGAAACAGACUGGGAUGAUGAUGCCGAAUGUGUCAACAUUAAAAAAUUCAGAGGAGAUUUGGCAUACAAGCAGCGAGAAUUUAAGGUAUUCUGGAUACUAUUAUUUGAAUGUGUAUCUUUCAGGCACAUGAUAGAAUCUUGCACAUGAGAGCAUGCUUAUAUUGUUUAUCCCGAUGACAUUUUUUUGAACGAAAAAUUAAAUAAAUAAUGACUCAAAUCAGAGGGUUCCCCUCACUGUUUUUUCUUUGAUUUUUUUUAAUUGUACGUUUAAAUUUUGCAUCUUGCCCACUUUCAUUUUUAUAUUUUGGUGUUACUGCAAUUGGUCUUAGGAAUUUGGUAAAGGGCAAGGUGACAGGGAGAUGUCAGAAUGCCUGCUGGGUGCUAGCCUGGUGCUACAGCAACAUCCUGUGCGCAUCAGUGGGACCUGCACCUAAGUAAGGGUGUAUAGGACUGCACACUUUAGAAUUUAAACAAGGAACCUCAGAGGCCAAAUGCCACACUCCACACUUUUCUGUCUAACCCGCAAGUCUUAAAGGUAAAGGGUAAAGGGACCCCUGACCGUUAGGUCCAGUCGUGACUGACUCUGGGGUUGCGGUGCUCAUCUCGCUUUAUCAGCCGAGGGAGCCGACAUACAGCUUCUGGGUCAUGUGGCCAGCAUGGCGAACCAGAGCAGCGCACAGAAACACCAUUUACCUUCCCGCCGGAGCGGUACCUAUUUAUCUACUUGCACUUUGACGUGCUUUCGAACUGCUAGGCUGGCAGGAGCAGGGACUGAGCAACGGGAGCUCACCCCUUUGUGGGGAUUCAAACCACCGACCUUCUGAUCGGCAAGUCCUAGGCCCUGUGGUUUAACCCACAGCGCCACCUGAAACCUGGUUAACUGUGUUUAAUUAUGGUCGGUGCACAUGGAAGGUGCGAGGAGGAACACAUAUAUUCAAGGCUGGUUUUGAAGUUGUAUUUCUUACCCUAGAGCUUGGGCCUUGAUCUUGCUUUAUGCCUAAUGAUUGCGCACAGAUCUCAGGCCACUCAGUCUUCCUGAGUCGCACUAAGUUCAAGCUCGGUAUUUGCAAAAUCUCGUUUCAGAAGGCUCUGUGUGAAUAUUCCGGCUGCCUCGUGCUGCUGCCUCCCAGCAACGCUGCCAUGCGGAGAGAUGUGCAGGAGAGCCAGGCUCGUUGCUUUGCUCACCUGGGGAGACACAAGGAAGCCUUGGAGAUCGCAGAAACACUGGUUGGUAGUUUCCCCAUUUCCCCCCUCUUUUUUUUUAUUGUUGCACAUAACACCGGUCUUGAAAUACCUACAUUGGCUCCCAGUACGUUUCCGAGCACAAUUCAAGGUGUUGGUGUUGACCUUUAUAGCCCUAAACGGCCUCAGCCCAGUAUACCUGAAGGAUUGUCUCCACCCCCAUCGUUCUGCCCGGACACUGAGGUCCAUCCUCCCUGCGAGAAGCCAAGUUACAGGGAACCAGGCAGAGGGCCUUCUUGGUAGUGGCACCUGCCCUGUGGAACACCCUCCCACCAGAUGUUAAGGAAAUAAACAACUACCAUACUUUUAGAAGACAUCUGAAGGCAGCCCUGUUUAGGGAAGCUUUUAAUGUUUAAUAGACUAUUGUAUUUUAAUAUUUUGUUGGAAGCUGCCCAGAGUGGCUGGGGAAACCCAGCCAGAUGGGCAGGGUAUAAAUUAUAAAUUAUUAUAUAUUCUAUUCCAUCUUUCCUCCAAUGAGCUCAAGGUGGUCUACCUUGUUAUCCCUCUCCCUGCUUUCAUCAUCACAGCGACCCUGUGAGGUAGGUUAGGCUGCGAGGGAGACUGAGGCAGUAUACACACAAUGUAUUUAAAGCUCAUGACUUCCCUGAAAGAAUUGUGGGAAGUGUAGCUUGGAGGUUGUAGCUCUCUGAGGGGUAAACUACACUUCCUGGUAUUCUUUGGGGGUAAUAAUCUGCUUCAGAUUUAUGGCAUGUACUCAUUAGGGGAGUGCCAGUUCAAUGAAGACAUCGGCCCAGUGUGUGAAAAAGGCAAAAUCCUUGUUGGGGGAUCAUUAGGAAAGGAACUGAAAAUAUGAUUACCAAUAUCGUAAUGCUGUGGUGUGACUGUGUUUGGAAUACUGUGUACAGUGCUAGUCAUCUUACCUCAAAAAGGAGUGACUUCACUGUGAGGAAAGGUUGCAGCAUUUGGAACUUUUUAGCCUAGAGAAAAGGUGAGACAUUUAUGCAUAGCAUGGAGGAAAGUGUAUAGAAAACAGCUUUUCUCCCUCUCUCAUAACACCACAACUUGUGGACGCCCAAUGAAGCUGAAUAUUGGAAGGUGCAGGGCAAACUGAAGAAAGUACUUCUUCAUGCAGGGCAUAAUUAAACUCUGGAACUCACUCCCACAAGAGGCAGUUGUCAGGAGUUCAGCCUACACUCGAGUAGGACCCUAGCAGAGACACAUGCCCGACUGGCAUGUUCUCUCCCUCCUGGUCGAUCGUUCGGGAGCUUCAUAAGCUUUCUUCAGCCUGAACAUCACAGCGACCGAUGCCAACCGACACCAGCACACUUAGGGAUCCGCAGAGUUUGCACAUCAUGCGUAACAGACCUCAGCAACUCAGCAUUUUGGCUAAUCUACUUUAUUUACAUAUAAACACACACGGAGUACUGCAACAUGGCUCCCUCUCUCUCUAGCAUCAGACAGCAAAGAGAAAAAGAACCAAGGACAAUAGUCCCACUUCACGGAACACGGUAACACAAACAUCCUGUCUCCGUCACUUCCCACUCUGUGGAGUCAAAACAUACACCGUCAUGUGAUAGACAAAAGUCCCAUGACUGCAAUCAUGGAGCAGGAAUUCUAACAGUUAUGGCCACUAACCUGGGUGGCUUUAAAAGAGGAUUGGACACAUUCAUGGAGGUAAAAGCUAUCAGUGGCUACUAGCCAUGAUGGCUGUGCUCUUGCCUCCACAGCUGGAGGCAGCAGUGUUGCUGAAAACCACAGGAGGGGGAGAGUGAGGGGAGAGACUUCAUCAGGCAAGGCCUUCUUCCAUCUGCCUUGCCCCACCCUCCAGUCUCUGCUUCUCAAUUUGUAUUGUAAUAGUUUAUGCACCGUGGCUUGCCGUUGUUGUCAUUUAGAAAUUAUUUAUUGUAAUUGUUACGAGUAGAUUUCUGUUUAAUUUUUAUAUGCUGAUAUUUAAUAUUAUUCUAUAUUAUUCUAAUGAUUGUUGAAUGGGCUGUAACACUCAUGCAAGCCAGUAGUUCGUUAGUUUGUAGAAAUAAAAGGAAUUAUGCUUCACAGCUAGCUUCCGCUUUAUUUAUACUCUACGUGAGUCUGGUGCUCACAAUGCACAUUUGUGGGUCCAGUGCACUGGCACCUGUUUUCCAGAAUUGGAAGGCCUCUGAAAGUUCUCUAGUCGCCUAGCCCAGUCGGGGCAGAACCAUUUAUUGAGCCCAGUCACUGACAUCGGUUGAAAGGCAUACUGACAGGUUGCUUAUUUUAAAGUUAUGUCUUAUCAUAUUUUUGUAUUGCAUUAGAUUGUUAUAAGGUAUAUAUUCUUUGUUUCUUUAGCUUGUAAACCACCUUGGGUAUUGUAAGAUAGAAAGACAACAGAUUAAAAGUGAUGAUGAUGAUGACAAUGAUGAUGAUGAUGAGUUCUCUUGGGCUCGAAUCCUGCUUGCUGGUUUCCCACCAGCAUCUGCUUGACCACUGUGAGAGCAGGAUACUGGACUGGGUGGGCCACUGGCCUGAUCCUGCGGCUCUUAAGUUCCUAUAGCCCAAGGUCCUUUACUGAGUUUCAUGACUGUCACUUAGUUUGCAGAAGAAUGCCAUUAUUCCCCACCCAUUGUUUCUCCAGAAGUGUUUCCACUGGUGCUAUGCCAUAUAUGUUUGUGGGCAUGUAGAGGAAACCACAUGCUCCAUGUGCCUAACACAUGGGGCAUAGCACCUGUCCUCUGGAACAGUUUUAAGAUGGUUUAGCUGGUUUCUAAGGCCACAUCGGGAUGCAGGUGGCGCUGUGGGUUAAACCACAGAACCUAGGACUUGCCAAUCAGAAGGUCGGCGGUUCGAAUCCCCGCGACAGGGUGAGCUCCCACUCCUCGGUCCCUGCUCCUCCCAACCUAGCAGUUCAAAAGAUAAAUAGGUACCGCUCCGGUGGGAAGGUAAAUGGCGUUUCCGUGCGCUGCUCUGGUUCACCAGAAGUGGCUCAGUCAUGCUGGCCACAUGACCCGGAAGCUGUAUGCCGACUCCCUUGGCCAGUAAAGCGAGAUGAGCGCUGCAACCCCAGAGUCGGUCACGACUGGACCUAAUGGUCAGCGGUCCCUUUACCUUUAAGGCCACAUCUGUAUGUAACAGUAUGCUGUGUGCUGGUAUCUCUACCUUGAUCAAUCCCACUUCGCUCUCCCCGGCGGAGAUGGGUAAACAAGCCUGAAAAGGGAUAGCUGAGCAUCAGUGCCCAAAGCUUGGGUUGUGGUUCGUUUCUCCCUAACAAAUCACAAUUGGUAAGCCAACUACAAACCAUUGUUUCAGGCUGGUUCGCAGGUAUGGUUUGUUCAGGCAAAGAAAAGCCAAAAUCUUGCCUUUGCUGGGUUUGGACAUAACCCUAAGGUCUCCACUUUCCAUGCUUCUGCCAGGCAACAAGUGAAAUAGGAGGCACUGUGAGCUAAUAGCUUGUUCAGGCAGUAAUUUUGGCUUUUCGUUAUGUGCUAUCAUGGCCAUGGUGUUAGCUCUGUUGCUUCUUCUUGCCCUGUUAAAUUUGGAUAAUAUUUUUAAGCCGUCUGAGUGCGUACUUCUUUAUUCAAGAAAAUGUGUCCCCCCACCUUUCCAGAUUCUAAUAAAAAAAGUCAAUACAGUGGUGCCCCGCAAGACGAAUGCCUCGCAAGACGGAAAACUCGCUAGACGAAAGAGUUUUCCGUUUUGGAGGUGCUUCGCAAAACAAAUCUCCUAUGGGCUUGCUUCGCAAGACGAAAAUGUCUUGCGAGUUCCUGCGGGGUUUUUUCCCUUUCCCCCCCCUUUUUCUAAGCCGCUUAUCCGCUUAUCCGCUAAGCCGAUAAGCCGCUAAUAGCGCUAAUCCGCUAAUCCGUCAAUGGGCUUGCUUCGCAAGACGAAAAAACCGCUAGACGAAGAGACUCACAGAACGGAUUCUUUUCGUCUUGCGAGGCACCACUGUACUGCAUCCUUUUAAUCCUCGAAUUUCUUUUCUUUCUUGCCAGAGACUAGGAGCAACAAACACUGACCACAUAACAACAGUACUAGGGCUGCAGCUGGCCAUUUACCAGACUCUGGAGCGUGUCGAGGAAAUAAUUGGGUGCUUACAGCCGCUGAUUUUGUUGCACCCCUUUCACCCAGGGAACUGGAAGCUGCUUGCUGAAGCUUAUGCGAAACUCUUGGAGUUUCCAGCCCCAUUGUCUCUGUCGGAGGCGGAUCUCUUGCAACCCGAUCGCUUGACUGCAGGCAACUGUCUCAAAGCUUCGGCAGAGGAAUGCAGAUCCCAGUGCUGCCAAAAAGACAGCUCGAGGAAGGGUUCCUCUUUGCAGUUUUCUCCCUGGACAAACAACAGCUUUGGAUCUUGUGAGGAACGCCAAACAGAAAAGGGGCAUUUUGGUGCCUUGGGAAGGACGAAGGCACUUUUGCAUGCGACCAAGGCGGCUGUACCUGAUUCCUCGGGACAAGAAGGGUCUAAAGAUCUUUGGAUAUAUGCAUGUGCUUCCUUCAUCAGAGCAAGGUAAUGUGCAACACUGUCUAUAAAAUUAUCACUGUGUGUGUACAAAAUAUUCCAUACAGUUCUCCUCUUUUUUUAAAAAAAAAUAAAAUUAGACAAUUUCAACAUACAAAUUAUCAAUCCAAAUAAUCAGUUACAUUAUUUUUUUCCCCUUUCCCCCCCUCCCGCUCCGCCCCACCCAGGACUUCCCUCAGCUCCCCUCUCUGGUUUCUUUGCACAUAUUAUUCUCUGCAUGUUAUAAGUAAGUUCUUUGUUUUUUUUGGCAGGUCUUGUCUUACAAUCCCUAAUAGAAAUACUUCUGGUUUUUUUUUACAAAAGUCAUUUUAAACAUUUUUUCCAGUUUGUUAUGUAUCAUUUCCCAAAAAUUGUUAACUUCUCUACAUUCCCAUCACAUAUGAUAAAAAGUACCUUCUUUUUCUUUACAUUUCCAACAUGUGUUUGACCCGGUUUUGUACAUUUUUGCUAUUUGUACUGGUGUAGUAUACCAUCUGUACAUCAUUUUCAUGUAAUUUUCUUUCAAAAAAGAACAUUCUGUAAAUUUCAGACCUACCUUCCACAGUUUUUCCCAGUCCUCAAAUUGUAUAUUAUGUCCUAUAUCUUGUGCCCAUUUGAUCUUGACUGAUUUGACCUCCUCGUCUUUUGUUUCCCAUUCUAGCAGAAUACAUACAGUUCUCCUCUUGACAUAUAUUUAUUAAUAAUAUUUAUAUCCCACCUUCCCAACAGAAGAUUGCUCAGGGUGGCUCACAAUAAAAGGAAAACACGUCAGACUAGAAACUAAAACCUAUUAAAAUACACACUGGAAAUCGCACACCCUAGAAACAAGCUACGCUUGAAACCAAGAGGGGCACUGCAAUCAGCUGAAAGAUUUCUAAAGGUUACCUACUUUUUAAAAAAGUUGAUGUUGAGUGAAGCCAUCUCUUGACUUCUUCUGCAACAGACACAAGGUUUACGUGAUUAGUUAAAAAAAAAAAAUCAAAGCCUCAACUGGCUCAAAAUCAUGUAGUAUUAGCAAGAGCACCUUAUGAUACUGGGAUACAUAUGACCCUGGCUGAUAAAUUUUGGUCCAGGUUUCUACAUUGUUCACAGGAGAAAUCAUCCAUAUUGCUAUCUUAGGGGUGAAAGAGACAUGACCCUGGAAAUCUUUUAUCUUUCUUUUAUGGUUUUGAUAUUGUGUUAAACCGUGUUUGGGUGUUACAUUUGAACCUUUUCUUUAACACUCUUUUCAACUUGGACAUUUGUAAAGAAAUAGCUCCGCUGCAAAACACUCAAACUUCCCGUAUUGGGAACUCAUCCUGUGAAAUCUUUAAAUUCAACAACGUUGUCACGUAUUCAUUUUGGCUGUCAAAACUCUUACGACUCCGCUGUGUUCACUCAGCUUUAGUUUUCCUUUUCCUCCAGGCUCUUGCUGCAGCUCAUGCAGUCGAAUCAGUCUUCCUUUGCGUUAGAGCGUAACUUGAAGGCUCAGCAGGAAAUUGAAGACAAAAUCACAUCCUUCGGCGUGAAAGGCGACGCCUUGUUUUUGAUGACUGAGGUGAGUGGAAGUUCUGUGCCAGGUUAGGCAACCUGUGGCCCUCCAGCUAUGGCUAGACUGCAGCCUCUAUAACCCCUGAUCGUUGGCCAUGGUAGCUGGAACGGAUAGGACUUCAAGAUCUAACAAGAUCUGGAGAGCCACAGGUUCCCCACCCCUGCCAGAAAAUGUCAGAAGCCACUCUGAAUGUAUAGAAUAAUAAUAAUUAUUAUUUAUUAUUUAUAACCCACCCAUCUGGCUGGGUUUCCCCUUUUCAGCCUGAGGGCCACAUUUCCUUCUGAAUACCAGUUGCUGGAAACCACAGGAAGGGAGGGCGCUCUUGUGUUCAGGUCCUGCUUGCAGGUUUCUGACGGACACCUAGUUGUCCACUGUGAAGACAAGAUGCUGGACUAGAUGGACCAUUGGCCUGAUCUAGCAGGUUCUUCUUACAUGCUAAUGUACCCCGCCUUUUCCCCCCUUCCCUGCAGGUCAUGGGAGAGGACCUUGUCCCAGAAAAGCUCAAGGAGGAUGCUCAGGGAGAGGUGAAAUGCUUAGGUGCUUCAACCUUGGCAUCCAUGAUGACUGUGACUGCCGUGGAAUUUGAAAGGAAGUGGUUUCAGAAGCUCAGAGACCAGUUGCCACACUUGGACUGUCACACAUAGCACAGCGUGCCUGCACAGAGAUUCUUGGAUGCAUUUUUGGUUUUUCCUGGUUAUCAAGAUGAUUUGUAUGUAAGUGCCUAGAGCAGGGGUCUGCAACCCGCGGCUCCGGAGCCGCAUGUGGCUCUUUUACACCUUUGCCACGGCUCCGGGGCGGAUACUAGCGAGGGGAGGAGGUGCAUUGUGCGCCCCGACACUCCCCACUGUGGCGGGCGCUGUACUGGCUGUGACGUCGCAUGGGGGCGGUGCGUGCGUUAGUCACGCACCGUCCCGACGUCACCUUCCCGCCCGCUGUCAGAUCGCGGCUCCGGAGAUAUAUUUGUUUUAAAUGUUGCAGUGGUUUUGCGGCUCCCAGUUUUUUUUCUUCGGAAACGGGUCCAAGUGGCUCUUUUUGUCUUAAAGGUUGCAGACCCCUGGCCUAGAGGAUUGUGCUGGCCAGAGAAGAAUUCCACUUCUGAAACUGAUUCCAUCUGUCUGAGCCUGGGAUGGUUGCCCUCUUCAAUGUUACAUGAGAGUGGCUUGGCCAGCAUGGGGAAGGUUAUGAACUUGUUUUUGGCAAGGCGAUUGAUGAAUGGCAUGUCAGGAGUUCAGCCUACACUUGCCCGACUGGCAUGUUCUCUCCCUCCUGGUCUUUCGUUCGGGAGCUUCAUAAGCUUUCUUCAGCCCGAACACCACAGCGAGUGAUGCCAACAGACAUCAGCACACUUAGGGAUCCGCAGAGUUUGCACAGCUUGCGUGACAGACCUCAGCAACUCAGCAUUUUGGCUAAUCUACUUUAUUUACAUAUAAACACACAUGGAGCACUGCAACAUGGCUCCCUCUCUCUCUAGCAUCAGACAGCAAAGAGAGAAAAGAACAAAGGACAAUAGUCCCACUUCAUGGAACACAGUGACACAAACAUCCUGUCUCCGUCACUUCCCACUUUGUGGAGUCAAAACAUACACCGUCAUGUGAUAGACAACAAUCCCAUGACUGCAAUCAUGGAGCAGGAAUUCUAACAUAGCAAGCCAUUUCCCAUGCUGCUGGUUCAUGACCCAUUCACUUUUGUGUCUCCCAGUGCAUGGAUCUGCUUCGUGAAACGAUAGCAGAGCAGCACGGGCCUCAAAUAAGGUUUGACAAACUUCCCUGCCCAUUUGCAAAAGGGAUGUCCAUGUGGGAAAGUAACCCUGGGGGAUCUUGAACAGGGGCAUGUCUCCCAUUUGUCUCUUGCAUGUGCUACGAUCCUCUUCUUAGAGGUUGGUUCUCUGUAAGUAUAACUUCUUGUGAGCAGCUUCAUGUCAUUCCCCAGAUCAGAGCAGGGGAAAAACAACAUCUACCGUAUUGGCCUGAAUAUAAGCCUCACUUUCUCCCCAAAUUCUGAUCAUGAAAAAUUAAGGUGCGGUUUAUAUUUGCAACCUUAUGGUAAGUAGCCAAGAGCACAGCAAAGUGGUGCCCUCCCCAUGCGUAAUCCCCUGUCCUCUCCCCCAAGGCUGGGAAGGGAGAGAGCAAGGAAAGUGAGUGGCUUAUAUUCUGUUAAUUUCUCUCUCCCCAAUUUUAAAGGUGCGGCUUAUAUUCAGGUGCAUCUUAUAUCUGGGCCAAUACGGUAUUAUGCUUCCCACCUCAGAAUAGUCCACAUUCCAGAUAGUUAAUAGUUCAGUCCCUCCUAUUUUCCAGCUAAACAGUCAGGUAACAGGUGACGGGGAGAUCCAGUUACCUUGACAUUCUACAUCACAACUUUUCAUAUAUUAGGCAUCGGGCAAAAACGUUCCUCUUUAACCAGGCUUUUGGCUGAUUGACAUCUAAUGCCCUUUUAAAUGUGUUGUGGAAAAGGGGAUUAUUGGGUUGUUUUUGUUUUUAUUAUGUAUUUUGUGUUUUUAUAUUGUGAUUUUAUGUCCUAACCACCCUGAGAUCUACAGGUAUAGGGGCGGUAUACAAAUUUAAUAAAUAAUACU